AUGUCCUCCGAAAAUUCCUCUGAAAUCUUCGUGGAAAGCGACCUGAUUGCCAUGGAUGCAGACUAUCCUCCAUUACCACAUUCUGGGGAAUCCAGAGCCUUCUCUCAGCCUCUGUCUCUGCGUGAACUAGCAGAUAGUUCCCUAUCUCCUUGUCUGGGCACUACCAAUGAUGCUCAAGUAGAGUUAUACCCAUGCACACACCUACAGGUCGCUGUGACAGCCAUUUUGGAACAUGGUGAUGUGAUUCUUGAGUAUAUCAGUCCGGAUCACCUCUCGGAAUCAGCCAAGCCCUAUAUUUAUCGUUGGCAGGUGUCUAGCGAGGCUCUUGCACAGAACAGUCCCUAUUUCAAAGCCCUGCUUGAUCCCAACAAGUUCUCCGAAGGCAGACUCUUCAUGAAACAGAAAACAGAGCAUCGAGGGACAGCCACUGACAUAGACGACGAUGCGUCGAACCAUCCACACCCUGACUCUGAUGGCGAAUCAGUGUGGAAGGACUUGCCAACAGUUCGAUUACCAAGUGGUCAUAUUUCUCCAAAACUUGGAGUAGAUGCCAUUGGAACGUUUCUUCGAAUCCUAUCAUUCGGCUCGUUUGAUGAGGAAAAACAAAGGAUUUUUGAUUUGGAAAUCAAAUUCCAGCGUCCCUCUCUAGUUGCAAGGGUAGUGCAAUUGGCAGAUGCUUUUAAUUCUCCGCAUGUCGUCCGCGAAGCCUUACAAAGGUCCGCCUAUGUCUAUGGGAGGAAGCACUCGUUUCUCAAAUUCGAUGACUCCAUGCUGAAGCUGGCUGAGGACCGUAUCCGACAAUCAAUUUUUAUAGCGAGAUUUCUGGACGACCGCACAGUUUUCCAGAUUCUAACACAUACCCUGAUCAUUCUGGGGUCGAAGUCCUGGAUAAUGGGUCUUGAGCAGCUGAUAUCUCCACCUGCUUUUCCAUGGUGGUAUCUUCCGGACGGUUUAGAAGACCUACAAGCAUAUUUCCUGCGCGCCUUCGGUGCCCUAGAAGAGCCGGAAACAGAGCCCGCCACCCCAAAGGGACCAGGACGCGCCAUUACAUCAUCUCGACCAUACCAAUGUCGAUGCGGCUACGGCAAUUCCAGUGCAUGUGACAUGUUCCAUCUAGGCCAAAUGACUCGGUUUUUCGCAUUACGCACCAAGACCAUAUUUCUAGGUUCGAGCCUGAUUGACCCAGAGUUUGAUCUGGAAAUUUUAUCCGACGGUGUCGGAAACGUAUCCGACCGGGCCCAGGCUCAGGCUCAGACUCAGUCAGUUGGCAACGGGGAACUACCACCCUCCACCGACAUCACGGCCGUGAUCGCCUCUCUUCGACAGUGUCCUGACUACCAGAUCGAUACAAACCAUACCGGCUGCGGGGUCCGACGUCGGUUUAUCCCGCCUCUGGAUUGCAUCGAGGGGCUAGUGGGUGAUAGGAGAGGAUUAGUGGGGAUCGCAUUGAAGCACUGGGAUGCAAAAAAGUGGCCUCUUGCGUCGGGAUCGUGGGCAAAUGCGUCUCUUCGGAGAGCACUGGUAAUUGAUGUUCAUUUUUCUAAAAUAAGUGCAGUUCCUCGAAUGUCGCCUGGAAGGUCUCUUAGUGGUUCUCAAGAAGAGAAUGCUCGUUUGCUUUUUACAGCGAAGAAACGGAGCUGGGAGGCUUGA